CCAGGUAAACAAACCGAUCGAUUCCUGAUCACCGUUCUUGUCGAUCGGAAAAUCAAAAUACCAGCGUGAUAUGGCCGCGAAGAUGAAGCAGUUAUGUUACUUGAUUCGUACUUCAUGUUCGAGUCGAAGCUUGGGUGGCACAGGUUAUUUCUUGCGGUGGAAUCGGCGAGGGGAAUUCGAACACUAGUUGUAGUGUUUGAAUUUUUGAAAGAAAUGGUCGCAUGAGGAUUAUUUACCUGCUUGAUUUAUAUCGGUUACGCUUCAUGUUGACAAGUCCCUCAAAAUGGCGGCCAAACUUGGAAAAUUAGAUCUCAAGCCAAUACAGCUUAUUUCAGCCACGUACUUAGAGAGGAAGACGUCGCUCUCGCAUCAUGUCCUUAACGGUGUCACCUUUUCUUUUGAUAUCCAUUCUGGAUUUAGCCGCAGUCUUUUUCAACGGACGUCUAUUACUAAGCUGCUUUAAAGACAAAACAAAGCAGAAGUUUAUUCAAAAGUGCCGGAUAUUAGCAAGUCUUCAGGCCGCUUGCCAAGUUUCAAUUCUUGGCGCAGAUACCGCAGAGUGGUGGAAAGGUUUCCUCAUUCAACCUACAGAGUCCUGUAAUGUUUUAAGAGUUCUUUCCCUUUCAAUGAUGUUUUUCCAAACUUGUAACCUGACGGCAAUCAUAACAGUGUACUAUGAACAUCCCAUAGGACACGAAAAACGGAGAUCAUUUUCUUACCUUUUGGUUUACGCAUUACUUCUUCUGGGAUUCAUCGGUUCCGCAAUUUUCUUAUGGCACUGUUGCUUCUCACAAACGUCUAUUUCUCAAGCCGUCGUAGAAGUUGAACUGAUUUUAACCAUGUGUCUUACCUUCUACCUGCUUUCCGUAGCCUUGGAUAAAAACGAUGCUGAAUACAACAAGGAAGUCACUUCAUUAAAAUCAGACGCCUCGACGAAGUCGCGUUUUUCGUCAUGGUCGUGGAAAGCCUGGAAAGAAAGCAAGAAGUCCUUAUUCUUUAUCGUUUUGUUUACGGUAUGUUUGGUGCUGAUUUUCAGCGAAGUGGCCCGCGCUCGUUUCGAAACAGCUUUGUGGGAUCGGGAUUUGAAAAGAGAAACGUCGUUCGACGGAAUUGUUUAUCUACUGAUUAUAAAAUUAUGUGUGGGAACAGUUUUACCGGUAACCCUGUAUGAUUUGAUUGAUUCAAACUAUGCCGGAAAGAGAGACAAAGCCACCAUAUCAAUUGUGCCUGCAUCAAUUUAAAAGGUAACUUCGCCAUUAGUUACAGAAACUGAAGUAGACCAUCGCUUAAUAGCCAGAUAGAUUCACUCGAUCUUUAUUUAGGAGUUUUUCUUUUUUUGGAAAGUAAAGAAACACACGGCCUCUUAUUUACAUUUCAUUGACUCUCACUAUGUCAUGAUAUUCUUCGUUACUUCUAUUUCCUCAAAGGAUGUCGAUAGGGUUGACGUCAGAGGCACUAUAUUCGAUAGUUUUUGGAAAGUAGAAAUUUGAGUGAAGAUAUCAUUUGGGCUAACAUCUGGGUAAUUAGAUUAUAAAAAGGGAAAUCGUCGAUUUGUAAUACUAAUAGUGCUAAGUUUAGAAUUUCUUUGAAAAUAUUGUUGCCAAUGUUGUUAGAUCCACGGUGACUAAUAUUGUUAUUAUUG